AGUUUUAUUGUGGUGUUGAACAAGCUAUUUAGUUGAAUAGUAUUAGUAAAUCGUGAACGCAAAUUUCAGUGAUCAAUAUGCACCGCGCAGUCAGGGUAGUUACCCAAAAGCUGGGAUGAUAAAAAUCUCACCUUAUGUUCAUCAGUACUUACAAUCUUUGUAAGAUGUUCAAAGAUAUGAGUCUUAGAAUCGAUCUAAUAAGGAGAUUUACAACCUCAAACUAGCUCAACUAGAAAGGUGUCUAGUUACCAUUGUCAGAAAUUCUCUAUCUAGACACUACUGCAAUUACAUUAUUUAUUACGAGAAUUCCUGAAAGUAAGGAAACGCGAACAAAUAUAACCGUUGACUACAUAUGUAACAUAAACACAAACGGUACCUAAUGCAAUAUAUUCGAGAGAGACUUUCUCUAAACCUUCCAACAAAUCACAACACGGAAUCAUCAUCUGGAUUAAAUUAUGGAUCUACAAAUGUGCCGGAUACAACCGAUACUCCCCCGAGGCCUCCUAGCCGCAAGACUCGAGACGGUACUAAAUUGUCAGAGGUGAUAGUUUCUCCAACGAUCUCAACCAUAUCAGAAUCGGUUAGUCAGCAUGGCAGCAUUCAGCCGGGGUCGACUUAUGUGACACCCUUUCAAAGCCCUGUUGUAUCGGAAAAAUGGUCACCGCACAGUGCGUCCACGGAGAAAUCCCCCACAUCGGUUGAUAGUGUUCAUUUUCAAAGCCACAACCAAUACGUGGGCUACCCCAGUAGAUACCCGACGCCAGUAACGAAUGGCUACGUGAAUCAUUCAUUCGUUGAUGCUACCGGAAGUACCGCGACAAAUUUGAAUCGAAACAGUCAUCAAACACAAGUUCUUCACGAGCACUAUUGGACGUGGUCAUGUAGGUGUCGUCGUCAAUUCACAAAUCGCGAAAAAGUGCUUCUUCUGAUCAUAUGCUUUUUGCUGCUAAUCAUUGGAGGACUGUCGGCAUAUCUCGGAUUAUCCGAUAGUGGGAAUCCACUACCAGGAGGUUUAUUAACACCAGGAGUACUUCAACUGAAAAUAGAAGAACGCGCUUAAUGUGAUAUACCUGUCUGUGUAUUUUGAAACAGUGACUGAAUGAGAUUUAUACAUAUGAAACAGUAUACCUACAAAAUUUUAACGCAUACAAUAAUAAAAAAGCAUGUUCCUACAUUUUAUAAACAUA